UGGUAACUUGCUGCCGCUGUGCAGUGCGGGCAGACCGGUGGUUGCGCCGCCACGUUUUGCGCCUCGUGGGUUGCCUCUGCCCGGGCUGAGGACCGCGCUGCCACAUGUUGGCCGAUGGCCGCCACCGCGGAGCCGCGAGACACCGUGUUUGCUGCCGGGCGUUGCCAUGCCGGGCAUCGGCCGUUGGCCACUGCCGCCGCUGUGUGUUACGCACCUGGCCACCUCAUCGAAAAAGAUGCAGGCCCGGAGUGCAUCCUCUGGCACGCCGGGGCCGUGGUCCACGGCCGCCUCGGGGUGCAGCGCUGGGAGCAGCCGGGCCGAAGGAUGUCGCCGCUCCGCGAGGAGCUUAGCCGAGGGAAACAUAGUCCGGGCCAUGGGUCGCUGCCGAAGUUUGCUUUGGACGACAUUAAAAACAAUGCCCUAGAGUUUCUUCCCUGAUCGAGAGACUCGCAGCGCCUGCGCCUAUGCCGCGAACGCCUCGGGUUGAUGCGGGAGGUCGAGGCCACGCGACCACACGCCGUCUGGAUGUUUUGCUGAUGGUAGUUGCGAUGGACGACGAGACUGUCAGGAUGGACGAUGGAGAAGGGGGAAAAUGUGAACAACAAGUCUGUUGGAGUCUGUUCCUCAUCUUCUAAUCUUGUUCUUGAUGUUGAUUUUUCUUCUUGAUUGAGGAUUUCUCCCUCUUUCUGCUGGAGUAGUGAUCAAUCCAUCUCACUACGAGCAUACGCCGGGUGAAGCGAUUUACAAAAACAGAAUAGUUAUUAGAUCUGUGAUUGAUUGCAAGAAGACAAAAACAAAUUGAAGAAUCUCCCAA